AUGUCUCGGUCGCUGGUGCAGCCGAUAGGACAGAAGAGGCUGACGAACGUGGCCGUUGUGAGGCUGAAGAAGCACGGCCUCCGCUUCGAGAUUGCCUGCUACAAGAACAAGGUCCUGUCAUGGCGCUCAGGGGUGGAGAAGGACUUGGACGAGGUACUGCAAUCGCAGACAGUCUAUUCCAAUGUUUCCAAGGGGGUCCUUGCCAAAUCCAAGGACCUGAACGCGGCGUUCGGCACCGACGACCAAGCGAAGAUUUGCCUCGAGGUCUGUUCUCGAUAUUUCCAUUUGAUUUGUAUAGGCAUGGGGUCUUUGGGGAUUUAUGAUAAAAAAAAAUUCUUAGCUAGUUUGUGCACACCUAUUCGCUACUUUUUUUUUUAUUUAAUAGUGGAGAUGUUUGGGUAUUGCUUGUUGACGAUGGAUUUCAAUUUUCAUCUCCUUUAAAAGAGAUUGGAGAAAUUUGCUUGUGGUGGACCAUGAAUAAUGAUUGGAAUCAAGCAUUGGCGAAGCGCACUUCAUUCUAUCCUUCUGUGCUUACUCGGCUUUAUAGGAUUUCAUAAUAAUCCGAAAGAAUUGAAACCCGUGCUUUAAAUAUAAUGUGUAUACGAUUUUUUUUAUCUAUUUGGUAAAAUCAUUGUGUAGCUUCCUUCGUCAUCUGACCUCAUUAAGUUAUUCGUGGGGACAUUUGGUGUGUUAAGAUCAAAUGAUAGGGCUCUAUGCGAACGUCAUCAAGUCGGAGAGAUCUGGUAUGAAUUAAAAUAAAAAAAAUUACCCGCUUUCUAACUUGUAACGUUGUGAAAUUCUUUGUGCCUUAUGGUGCAUCACAUAGUCAUUUAGUCACAGAGCGUACACAAAUUCAACAGUUCAAGGGUCAAAAGAAGAAAAAACCCUCGUACAGAAUGUAAAAAAAGUGUAAAAUUCAGAUUUUUUUUAAUAUCCAUGUACAUCUAUGUUCAGAGCAUUAUUAACAAUAUUUGAGAAUUCUGAUUGAAUAUGUUCAAUACAUUUUUUGUGACUGUGUGAGAUGACACCUACCUUUUUGUCGAUAAAAUAUUUCUACAUUUUUUUUAAUGUCGAUUUGCACGAAAAGUAGGGCAAGAGAUAAAAUUAAUGAAGCAGACAGCAAGGAGAAAAAGUCCCUAAAGAGAUUAGAUGUUUCUUAUGUAUAAUUUACCAUUGCUAUUAUGUUGGAAGUUGCCCAAGAGACACAUCCCCUGUCCUUUCCCAAAAGAGGCAGAUCUAAAGGCAAAAACAUCGUAUGUGACUGUGUUUCUUGGGCGAAUUUCUCUGCGUCUCCAAUAUCCAGUUAUUUAGUAGUAGUACUUGAAUCGUGCUUUUUUGGUCCAUCUCCAGAACAACAGUAUCACACUAAGGAUCAAUGGACCUGUGUCGAGAACUCUGAGGAUCUCGAUUCACGAGAGAAUCAUCUUUUACAUGUAUUUUUGUCUCCGAUUUUUUCAGUACGACUCCACUGGUUUUUUUUCCUCUUAUUUAAAGACCAAUCUUUUCACCUCCAUCUAAGAAAAUGGACCAAUCAGCCACUCUUACUGGUUUCUUUUAUGUUUCUAUUGUGUCAACUGAAAUGAAGUUAUUUCAUGGUGUGAUUGGUGACUAGUAAGUUUCCUUACGCUUUUUAUAUCCUACAUUGCUGCUUUGCUUUGCUCCAAAUCCGCUUGAUGUCGGGAACAUUGAAAAUAUCGUAGAAAUAUUGACUAGUUGCAUGUACCACUUGAGUUUCUCCUUUUUAGCCUUUUACAAAGUCUUGAAUGCAGCAAGUUUGUCUUGUUUCUUUUUCAAGAUUGCCGAGGAAUUAAUUACAGUAGUUCUCAUCACCGUCUUCCAAAUAAAGAAGUAAAAGAUAAUAAUUGAUUGUUGGUUGUAUAUGGUGAUACCUAGCGCUUUUUGGGGAAUUUCGAAUCCACUAAUCGACAGUCAUGAAACAGAUUAUGGAGAAAGGGGAGCUUCAAGUGGCUGGAAAGGAAAGGGAUUCUCAAUUAUCUAACCAAUUUCGUGACAUAGCAACAAUUGUUAUGGAGAAAACUAUAAAUCCACAAACUCAACGGCCUUACCCUAUAAGUAUGAUUGAGCGGCUUAUGCAUGAAAUCCAUUUCGCAGUGGAUCCUCAUCAGAACUCAAAGAAACAGGUAGACUCUUUUCGUCUUUACAUUUAUAGCUUGAAGUAGUUCACAUUUUGCCUGUUUUUUUAUUGGAUCAAUGGCUAUAUCUGUCCUAAGUUUCCUUCAUAAAUUUUAGUGUACUUGUUUUACGUUGUUGAAGUUUGUUCUUGUCAAAGAACUAAAGUUUGCUAUCCUUAAGCCUCAAGGUUUUUGAUUCUCGGUGGUUCAUCAUGGAUUGAAUACAGUGUAUUAUUAACUUUUCUGUUUAUUAGAGACAAUUAGGUUCGUGUAGUACUUCCUUUCUCUAAUUUUUCUCAUUCCUAAUUAACAUGAAACAAGUAUCAUGGCCUUUCUAUGGGCAUAUAAAGAAAGAUGGGAAGAAUGACAUUUUGCAUGAAUCAUAUUUCCUGGCUAUCUGCGCAUCUUGCCUCUGCUAGGGAUGAUUAUUUCCUUUGUUAUCUGACUUAAUCAUUUAUAGAGUUCUUGUUCUAGAUUCCUACUGUAACACAGCUUGCCGGUUUAGAAAAACUAACAGGAGCCCAAGAUUAUUUUCUACUAUGCCUUCCUCAUCAAGCUGCUACAUUUAUUGCAAAUAUUUCGUAGAUGAACGUCCCUACUGGAAACUUGUGGGUCUCCCUGGCCGCAUUUAUUGCCGGUGCCCCGUUACCAUACUGCAACCUGGUCAAGAACACUUGGCCUAAAUAAAUCUAUUCCUCUCCUUCUGGGAUUUCAGAGCUGACUUUGUGAUCAUAUUGCAGUCAUGAUAACUGCAAAUAUGAAUCCGUUGACACAAGAAUUUGCAUUUAUCUUGUUUUCUAUUUUAUUUCAUGGGGGAUUUCCUUCUUAUGGAAACUUUACCCGUUGACCUGCUUUCUUUCCCAGGCCCUGGAACUCAUUCGCGAGCUUCAAAAGCACUUCCCCAUCAAGCGUUCUCCAAUGAGGCUGAGACUCAUCAUUCCCGAGGGAAGUAUUUCUCCUCUCAUGGAGAAGCUUAGCACGUGGGGCGCCAAUGUUAUCUCCAAGGACGAAUCCGGGAACCAGCUGUGUGUUGUAAGUCUCAUAUCUCAUAUGCCAUAUAAUCUUUAAUAGCCUUCUAAGGGUUGACUUUUAGUGUGAAGCACUCCAUUAAUUGCUUUUUGCUCGAGUUGAGCAGUCUGGUUCCUCCAAAUUGGAUCACAGCACCAAAUUCUCUCUUGAACUGUGGGCCCCAUUUGUGUACUAACUCCUUGGAAGGGAACAUAGGAGAGACCAAAUGAUCCAAUAGUAAUAAUAAUAAUAAUAACAAGAAAAUGAUAGUAGCAAUAACCCACCGAUUUCUUCCUUGUAGGGCUUACCUGGAGUGAAUUUAUUAACCCCUUGGGCCCAUGACACUUAAUGGACCCAAAUCGAGCAUCUUUAUGAAGAUAUUCGAUUUUGGUUCAGCCUGACCUGCUCGUUUUAAAUUUUCUAGGUUCAUUUAAAACAUGCCACAUCUCUCUCUCUCUCUCUCUCUCUCUCUCUCUCCCUCUCUCUCUCUCCCUCUCUCUCUCUCUCUCUCUCACACACACACACACACAGGGCCCAUAUUCUAGCAUCAAUCAUUUAGAAGAAUAGGGAACGUGCCCAGAUGAUAAUAUCUAGUUGGCCUGUUUAAGGGUUUUUGAUAGUCUGAUGUGGCAUGUUUAUUUUGCUCCCUCAGGUAUGUGAGAUAGAACCAGGGUUUUUCCGAGACUGCGACAGCUUCGUGAGGAGCAUUCCUGGCUGGGUGGAAAUACUUGCUGUCUCAGUUCACGCCGAGGGGGAGACCCGCGUUGACCAGCACGAAGAGGCUGAUGAGCUUCUUUCUCUCUCGACAAAGGCAGUGAGUAAUUCAGUGGCCCAGCUGGGCGAGCGGAUGCAAAGGCAAAACAUAUCUGAAGAGGGCAGAGGCGGUGAAGAGCAAGCCAAGAAGAACAGGUGCGGCACAUGUGAUGCAGCCUUUGGGGACGCCAGGGAGUACAGGGAUCACUUCAAGACCGACUGGCACAAGCACAACCUGAGGAGGAAGGCCAGGAAGCUCCCCCCUCUCUCUGCUGAGGAAUGCCUGGCCGACAUGGAAUCCGAUGACUACAAAAGCGAUCUGAAUAACUACUCAUUUUGA